AUGCGGUCAACCUUUCUUACCAGCGUUGCUGGCCUCCUCCUCUUGGAGGCGCUAGCAGCUGCGAGCCCCUUAUCGGGGUUCACCCUCGAUUCUUUCAUCUCUAAACAAGGCCCGAGAUCUUACCAGGGUAUCCUGGACAAUCUGGGAAAUAAAGGGAGCAAGGCGCCUGGUACAGCGGCCGGCUUGUUUGUUGCCAGCCCCAAUACAGCGAACCCGGACUACUUCUAUACAUGGACUCGUGACUCAGCUCUCACCUUCAAAUGCCUAAUCGAUCUGUUUGACAGUGGUAGUUCCGGCUUUGGGAGCAACAAAAAUGACCUGGAAACCGACAUCCGGAACUAUGUCUCUGCACAAGCAGUCCUCCAGAAUGUAUCUAAUCCAUCUGGCACUCUGACAGAUGGUACAGGACUUGGCGAGCCCAAGUUUGAGAUCGAUCUCAAUCCAUUCACUGGCUCCUGGGGCCGGCCCCAGCGGGAUGGCCCCGCUCUCCGAGCGACCGCCAUGAUCACAUAUGCGAAUUGGCUGAUUUCUCACGGCCAGAGCCGGGAAGCAAAAAAAAUCAUGUGGCCAGUUAUCUCAAACGACCUAGCGUAUGUGGGCCAGUACUGGAACGAAACCGGUUUUGAUCUCUGGGAAGAGACCGACGGGUCAUCUUUCUUCACACUAGCUGUUCAACAUCGCGCAUUGGUCCAGGGGGCAAGUCUUGCGCAGAAGCUGGACAAAUCAUGUUCUGCUUGCUUAUCUCAGGCCCCUCAUAUUCUGUGUUUUUUGCAGAGCUUUUGGAACGGAAAGUACAUCACCGCCAAUAUCAAUCUCGACACUAGCCGCACCGGCAUCGAUGCGAACACAAUUUUGGGAAGCAUCCACACCUUUGAUCCAGAAGCUCAAUGUGAUGAUUCAACUUUCCAGCCUUGCUCAGCUCGGUCUCUGGCAAAUCACAAGGUCUAUGUUGAUGCUUUCCGUUCGAUAUACAAAAUUAAUGCUGGCAUUCCCGAGACGUCAGCUGCCAAUGUGGGUCGAUACCCGGAGGAUGUCUACCAAGGAGGCAAUCCAUGGUAUCUCGCCACGCUAGCAUCGGCGGAGUUGCUCUACGAUGCCUUAUACCAAUGGAACAAGAUUGGCUCCCUCGAAGUUACCGACACCUCGUUGCCGUUUUUCAGGGAUUUCGAUUCUUCUGUGAGGACAGGCACCUAUUUGGCACACAGCAAAACCUACAAGAUGCUCACAUCUGCUAUUCGAACUUAUGCUGACGGCUUUCUCAACCUCGUGCAACAAUACACGCCAUCCAACGGAUCACUCGCGGAGCAAUACAACCGUAACACCAGCGUCCCACUGUCAGCCAAUGAUCUGACUUGGUCUUUCGCUUCCUUCUUGACUGCUAUCCAGCGUCGUGAUUCAGCUGUACCCCCUUCAUGGGGUGAAAAGUCUGCAAACAUAGUUCCUUCUACCUGCUCAGCUUCUUCUGUGACAGGAUCUUACACGGCUGUCACUUCCACUUUCCCCACCUCAACUGCUGGAUGUGUACCUGCGACGGAUGUCGUCCCAAUCGCAUUCUAUCUUACUGAGAGCACGUCUUACGGAGAGAAUAUAUACAUAGCUGGCAACAUCAGCGCGCUCGGAAACUGGAACACGAGUGAUGGCUUUGCACUCAGUGCAAAUCUUUACACUGAGACGGACAACUUGUGGUUUGGCAGCGUUGAGCUGGUUUCAGCUGGUACUCCGUUUGAGUACAAGUAUUACAAGAUUGAGCCAAAUAAUACUGUCAUCUGGGAGAGUGGCGGGAACAGAGUUUCUGUUGUUCCUACUGGCUGUCCGGUCCAGCCCAACUUGCACGACGUGUGGCGAGCUUAG